AUGCCUGACGAAGAGGAGACAUCUCGAUUAGCGUGGACGAAACGUCUAUCCCGACGACUAAAUAAACGAAGCUCCUCCCUAAUCGCGUCUCUUCUCGGAAGUAGAAACGGUGCGACAUCCAGUAAAACAAUAAAUGAACCGACAACAACUGAAGAUGAACUAGAUGAGGAAAGUAUGGAAGACGUCAAGAGAAGAGAGGCGAUGGCUGCGAGAAGAGCAUCUGCUGCUCCGAAUGGAGACAAUCGAGUUGGAUCGAGAAGUGGCGGAGGCAAGGAGAAAUCCACGUCGAGACGGAGAAGUGUCGACAGGAUUUGGGCGUAUAAACUUAAGUCAUAUAAAAUACUAUUUAAAAAUGGUAGACUGUGUCGUGUACUCCUCGUGGACAAGAUGGAGGUGAAAUCUCAUGUUCUGGAGCUGGAACUGCCAUUGACCAGACCCAGAGAUGCUUAUAGGGAUUCCUAA